UCAUCGCUGUUCAAACCAAAACAGCUGAUCACCAAAAUAGUUCCGCACGUGUGUCCCUUUUUUAUUUACAUUGUUUACAUUUUUAUAGAAAUUACACCUCACAAUGGGAAAGCAAAAGAAGACGCAAAAGGCUAAGAAACAGCGCACGGCGCAACUGAAACGCAUGAUGAAGCCCACGGAUGCCCGAAUCAAGGAUCAGAUUCGGGUAAAAAGGAAGAAGGCCGAGGAUCCGCACCAGCUAAAGGUGCACGAGGCCACCCAGCAGAGCUCCGCCCUGUUCUUCCAGUACAACACGCAGCUGGGUCCGCCCUAUCACAUCGUUCUGGACACCAAUUUCAUCAACUUCAGCAUCAAGAACAAACUGGACAUUGUGCAGGGAAUGAUGGACUGCCUGUACGCCAAGUGCAUACCCUACAUCUCCGACUGUGUGCGCGCCGAGCUGGAGAAGCUGGGCAACAAGUACAAGCUGGCCCUGCGCAUCAUCUCCGAUCCGAGAUUCGAGCGACUGCCCUGCCUGCACAAGGGCACCUAUGCGGACGACUGCCUGGUGGAGCGGGUGCGCCAGCACAAGUGCUACAUCGUGGCCACCAACGACAAGGACCUGAAGAACCGCAUCCGCAAGAUUCCGGGUGUGCCCAUCAUGUACGUGGCGGCGCACAAGUACGCGAUUGAGCGAAUGCCAGAGGCCUACGGCGUGAAGGCGUAGAUCUUCCUAUCUUAAGUGU